AUGGGGUGCAAUGCGCGAGGCACGGCGUUGCCUCUUCUGCUCGCGCUUCUAGCGGCGUCGGUGAUUGUCGCGCCAGCAACCGCGAGGGUUCUUGUUCCGCGAAGUCCGCGGCGAAGUCUCGCUCUCAAGGCCCUCUCGCUCCUCAAGGUGACAUCAAUCAAACCGACGCUGCUGGCUGUUAAUGAUUUGGGCGGCGGCUCUGGCGGAGAUCUGGGCGGCGGGUCUGGCGGAGAUCUGGGCGGCGGCUCAGGCGGCGAUUUGAACGGCGGCAGCGGCGGCGAUUUGGGCGGCGGCUCUGGCGGAGACCUGGGCGGCGGCCCUGGCGGAGAUCUGGGCGGCGGCUCUGGCCCAGAUUUGGGCGGCGGCAGUGGUGGGGAUUUGGGCGGCGGCAGUGGUGGAGAUUUGGUUGGCGGCAGCGGCGGAGAUUUGGGCGGCGGCAGCGGCGGAGAUUUGGGCGGCGGCAGCGGCGGACCUGGCGGACAGCAGGGCGGACCCGGCGGGCAGCAGGGCGGACCCGGCGGGCAGCAGGGCGGACCCGGCGGGCAGCAGGGCGGACCCGGCGGGCAGCAGGGCGGUCCCGGCGGACAGCAGGGCGGUCCCGGCGGACAGCAGGGCGGUCCCGGCGGACAGCAGGGCGGUCCCGGCGGACAGCAGGGCGGUCCCGGCGGACAGCAGGGCGGUCCCGGCGGACAGCAGGGCGGUCCCGGCGGACAGCAGGGCGGUCCCGGCAGACAGCAGGGCGGUCCCGGCGGACAGCAGGGCGGUCCCGGCGGACAGCAGGGCGGUCCCGGCGGACAGCAGGGCGGUCCCGGCGGACAGCAGGGCGGUCCCGGCGGACAGCAGGGCGGUCCCGGCGGACAGCAGGGCGGUCCCGGCGGACAGCAGGGCGGUCCCGGCGGACAGCAGGGCGGUCCCGGCGGACAGCAGGGCGGUCCCGGCGGACAGCAGGGCGGCCAGCAGGGCGGACCUGGCGGGCAGCAGGGCGGACCUGGCGGGCAGCAGGGCGGACCUGGCGGGCAGCAGGGCGGACCUGGCGGGCAGCAAGGCGGGCAGCAGGGCGGACCCGGCGGGCAGCAAGGCGGGCAGCAGGGCGGACCCGGCGGGCAGCAGGGCGGACCUGGCGGGCAGCAGGGCGGACCUGGCGGGCAGCAGGGCGGACCUGGCGGGCAGCAGGGCGGACCUGGCGGGCAGCAGGGCGGACCCGGCGGGCAGCAAGGCGGGCAGCAGGGCGGACCUGGCGGGCAGCAGGGCGGACCCGGCGGGCAGCAAGGCGGGCAGCAGGGCGAACCUGGCGGGCAGCAGGGCGGACCUGGCGGGCAGCAGGGCGGACCUGGCGGGCAGCAAGGCGGGCAGCAGGGCGGACCCGGCGGGCAGCAAGGCGGGCAGCAGGGCGGACCCGGCGGCCAGCAAGGGGGGCAGCAGGGCGGACCCGGCGGGCAGCAAGGCGGGCAGCAGGGCGGACCUGGCAGGCAGCAGGGCGGACCCGGCGGGCAGCAAGGCGGGCAGCAGGGCGGACCUGGCGGGCAGCAGGGCGGGCAGCAGGGCGGACCUGGCGGGCAGCAGGGCGGACCUGGCGGACAGCAGGGCGGACCCGGCGGGCAGCAGGGCGGACCUGGCGGACAGCAGGGCGGACCUGGCGGGCAGCAGGGCGGACCUGGCGGGCAGCAGGGCGGGCAGCAGGGCGGGCAGCAGGGCGGACCUGGCGGGCAGCAGGGCGGACCUGGCGGGCAGCAGGGCGGGCAGCAGGGCGGGCAGCAGGGCGGGCAGCAGGGCGGACCUGGCGGGCAGCAGGGCGGACCUGGCGGACAGCAGGGCGGACCUGGCGGGCAGCAGGGCGGACCUGGCGGACAGCAGGGCGGACCUGGCGGGCAGCAGGGCGGACCUGGCGGACAGCAGGGCGGACCUGGCGGCCAGCAGGGCGGACCUGGCGGACAGCAGGGCGGACCUGGCGGACAGCAGGGCGGACCUGGCGGGCAGCAGGGCGGACCUGGCGGACAGCAGGGCGGACCUGGCGGCCAGCAGGGCGGACCUGGCAGCAGGGCGGACCUGGCGGGCAGCAGGGCGGACCUGGCGGACAGCAGGGCGGACCUGUCGGCCAGCAGGGCGGACCUGGCGGACAGCAGGGCGGACCUGGCGGGCAGCAGGGCGGACCUGGCGGACAGCAGGGCGGACCUGGCGGGCAGCAGGGCGGUGGUGGAGAUCAGGGCACUGGUGGAGAUCAGGGGGGAUCUGGCGGGCAGCAAGGGGGUUCUGGCGCAGAUCAGGGGGGAUCUGGCGGGCAACAGGGGGGUUCUGGCGCAGAUCAGGGGGGAUCCGGCGGGGGAUCUGGCGGGAUUGCAACUGUUCAGAAUGUGGGAGACAGCACUUUCUCAAAGGUCGGUGUGA